GUUUAACGGAAGUAAACAACCUUGACGAGAGCAGGAAAUUUCCUCCGAUUUUUCAGUGAAGUUUUGAGAUUUAAGAAAACGCAUUUAGUUUUCGGGUUUUAUAGUCUUUAAAACACAGGAAAAAAUGGAUAUCGAAUACGCCUAUCAAAAGGAACGUCGCGAGUUCGGAAGGCAGUGUCUGUUUUCCGAUAAGAACAAGGUUGAGUUCUCUGAACCCGCCAAUCAUGAGUUUUUCAAGGAAUACAUCCUGCGGGAUCCGGUCGACGUCGGGACGCAAUAUAGCCAUCAGAUGGCGCUGAGUGAGGUCAAUACCGAAAGCGCCGAGUAUGAGAAUCGUGGGAUAUUGCACUCCGAGGGUGGAUGGCCUAAGGAUGUGAACUACUUGGACCCCGAGCAAACUGUCCGGUAUCGACGAAAGAUUGAGAAGGACGAGAAUUACGUUAGCCAGCUGACGUCCAUGAUGAAACCGAUGGAACAUUGUAUCUAUCAGAACAAUGCUGUGAACAUAUAUGAAAAUUAUUUUGAGGGCUUAGACCCAGCCCCACUGAUGGAGAAGAGUAGUUCGAGAACCUUGAACGUCUACCGGGAUCCCUCCAUAUACAAACAACCCGUAACUCAUUUGUCCUGGUCACCGGAUGGUGGCUCGAAGAUUGCCGUGUCUCAUUGUAAUUUGAACUUUCAAGAAACAUCUGGCAAAGCGGUCUGCUCGUAUAUCUGGGAAACCGAGAACCCCAACGCCCCAUUGUUGAGAUUCACUCCCCAUAGUUCCAUCAUUUGUCUCGAAUACAAUCAAAAGGAUCCCACCACGCUGGUGAGUGGCAUGUACAACGGUCAGGUUGCCGCAUGGGAUACCAGAAACGUAAAGGCUCCAGUUAUGAUCAGCGAACGAGAACACUCGCACAGGGCUUCGGUAAACUCAACCCUAUGGAUCAACUCCAAGAGUGGUACGGAGUUUUUCUCCGGUUCUUCGGACAGCCAAGUCAUGUGGUGGGACAUUAGGAAGUUGUCGCAACCCAUCGAUACGCUUUUGAUGGAUCCAAUCAAGUCGGACGAACAGGAUCUUUCACGUUCUUAUGGUGUCAGUUGCUUGGAGUAUGAAACUUCAAUUCCCACCAGAUUCAUGUGUGGAACAGAACAAGGGAUGCUGUUUUCAUGCAAUCGCAAGGGCAAAUCACCUUCAGAGAAGAUUGUCUAUCGGCUUCCAUGCCACACCGGACCGAUUUACUCCCUCACACGUAACCCGGCAUUCGUCAAGAACUUCCUCACGGUGGGCGAUUGGAUUGCUCGCAUUUGGUCGGAAGAUUGCCGCGAAAGUUCCAUAAUUUGGACCAAACAUCACUCGGUAAUGCUGACGGAUGGCGUUUGGAAUCCCACGCGCUACUCGAUAUUCUACAUUAGCCGCGUGGAUGGCGUGUUGGACGCAUGGGACUUGCUACAGCAGCAAAGCGAUCCCAUUCUGAGCAUCAAAGUUUGUGACGAGAGUUUGAGGUGCUUGCGUGCUCACGAGGGUGGCUAUCUGGUUGGGGCUGGUAGCAUUAAGGGAGCUACCUUCCUGCUGGAAAUGUCCGACAAUAUGACGUCCAUCAAAAAUGAUAAACCGUUAUUGACAGCGAUGUUGGAACGUGAAAAUCGGCGCGAAAAAAUACUGGAAGCGAAAUCACGCGAAAUGAAACUCAAAGUGCGAAGUUUGCACCGCCAGGAGGAUACCGUCGACGACAAACCGAAGCUAUUCCAGUGCAAAUCUGCUUGUGAGGCUGCUGAACAGGAGUUUCUUCAAACACUCGAGAGAGAAAGGAAAGCACGUGUUCCAGAAGAAUACGAUCAAGACUACGAUCCACGAAAAAUAGCCCAAGAAGAGCUGAUGGAGGAAGGCCGAUCAGAUGAGGAAAUGCUCGGAUAAAACAAUCAAUUAAAAUUUUAUCAUGUAGUUUUAUAGUACAUAUUACAUGCUUUCUAAUAAUAUCAAUUGUAAACUGAGGUGACUGCUACGGCAUUUAAUCGACAAAUAAAGACAAUUUAUAUCUGA